CUCGCACAGCGCGGAUCCGGCGGCUCUGGGUAGUUCCACUAAAAAAUAUCCAUUAUUUCACUUCGAUUUUUGUGGAUGCACCGAUGAGAGAUCCAGUUUUUACAGGGACCGCAAUGGCUUAUCACCCUUUCCACGCACACCGGCCGACCGACUUCCCCAUGUCCGCCUUUCUAGCGGCCGCGCAGCCUUCCUUCUUCCCGGCGCUCAGCCUGCCUCCCGGGGCGCUCACCAAGCCCAUCCCGGACCACGGCCUGGCCGGGGCGGCAGAGGCUGGGCUGCACCCGGCCCUCAGCCACCAUCAGGCGGCUCAUCUCCGCAGCAUGAAGAGCCUGGAGCCCGAGGAGGAGGUGGACGACGACCCCAAAGUUACACUGGAAGCCAAGGAUCUGUGGGACCAGUUUCAUAAACUCGGGACGGAGAUGGUUAUUACCAAGUCCGGGAGGAGGAUGUUCCCUCCGUUCAAAGUGCGAAUAAACGGACUGGAUAAAAAAGCCAAAUACAUCCUGCUGAUGGACAUCGUGGCGGCGGACGACUGCCGCUACAAGUUCCAUAACUCCCGCUGGAUGGUGGCCGGCAAGGCCGACCCGGAGAUGCCCAAGAGGAUGUAUAUCCACCCGGACAGCCCGGCCACCGGUGAGCAGUGGAUGGCCAAGCCUGUUGCGUUCCAUAAACUCAAACUGACCAACAACAUCUCAGACAAACACGGAUUUACCAUUCUGAACUCCAUGCACAAGUACCAGCCCAGGUUCCACAUAGUGCGGGCAAACGACAUCCUCAAGCUCCCCUACAGCACCUUCAGGACCUACGUGUUCCCAGAGACCGAGUUCGUGGCAGUGACAGCGUAUCAGAACGACAAGAUAACGCAGCUAAAGAUUGACAACAACCCCUUUGCCAAAGGAUUCAGAGACACGGGGAACGGGAGGAGAGAGAAGAGGAAACAGCUGACCAUGCCGUCGCUGAGGAUGUAUGAGGACCAGUGUAAGGCGGACCGGGAGGGCGCAGACUCUGACGCCUCUUCCAGUGAGCCACCGACGGGCAGGGACCAAGUUCACUCCCCGCUGGGAGCAGAUACCAGUCCGCUGAGGUUCAGCAGGCCCAGUCGAGAUGAGAAAACGUGCACUGACAGCGAGCAGGAGCUGGAGCAUCAGGACGAACGCUGCACCGGCUCCAGCAGCCCGGGACCCGAACCCGUGUCCCCCUACAGCUCCAGGUGUGAGGAGCGCAUGCGGGACAGGCCGAGCACAGAGAAGAAGGAGGACUCCUUGUUCAGUAUCAGGAGCCUCGAGAAGGACAAAGCGGAGAGCAGACACCGGAAGGACACCACGGACGCGUUGACAAAGGACUCGGGCGGAGGCAUUAGUGCCACUAAGGAGGCCUUUUCCCCUCUCAUGGUCCAGACCGAGAGCCCCUCACACUUUAGCCCGGGCCACUUACAAAGCCUGGCUCUGUCCGGGCUGCACAGUCAGCAGUUCUUUAACCCUCUGAGCGCCGGAUCACCACUGUUGUUUCACCCCGGGCAGUUUGCCAUGGCCCCCGGAGCCUUCUCUGCUAUGGGCAUGGGCCAUUUACUGGCCUCUGUGUCCGGAGCAAGCGGCUUGGAAAACGGCAGCCUCUCCAGCCAGGGCACAGGAGGGACCCCCAGCCCCUUCCCCUUUCAUCUGUCCCAGCACAUGCUCGCCUCUCAGGGCAUCCCCACUCCUUUUGGAGGUCUCUUCCCAUACCCCUACACCUACAUGGCGGCUGCGGCGGCAGCGGCCUCGGCGUCCGCGCUCCCGGCCACCAGCACCUCCAGCCCUCUCUCCAGGAACCCUUUCCUGGGCGCGUCGCGUCCCCGGCUCCGCUUCAACCCCUACCAACUCCCAGUGUCGCUGCCCCAGAGCUCCAGCCUGCUCACCACCACCGGCCUGCAGGGUAACCUCAACCCGGGCUCCGAGUCCUCCAAACGCAGCAGGGAGAGCAGCCCGGCCCCGGAGCAACACAGUAACCACAAGACAGUAGCGUCCAGCGGGAGGGCGGUGUCCCCCAAAACCUCCAUGAAGGACUCAGUGAAUGAGCUGCAGAGCAUCCAGAGACUGGUGAGCGGUCUGGAGGGCCAGCGGGAGCCCUCCCCGAGCGCAGACUCUCCUAAGUGAUGAAGACUGUCUGUUUGGGAUGAAGACUUGGCUGUAAUACCAGAGGACUGUCAGUGCAUCUGUCCUGUACAGCACAUUAGGGAGACUGGAACGAGGUUUGAUCGAUAUGGGUCGGUGAGAAGGUCAAUACCUU